AGAAAAUGACUGUUUUGUCCAUAUCCAUGCCUCUCAGCUGCUGUGUGCCUCCACCUCAGAAGGGACACACUACAUUUUCCCAGGGUGCCUGUGGGGUGCCUCAGCAACUUUCCAUCACACAGUCUAUUCAGCUUUGCCCAGAACUACAGGACUGGAACUGUAGCCUCGCUAUGGAUCUUCAAAUGUUCAAUGGAGAAAACCCCUACAAAUUGGAGGAAUAUGAAAAGGGCUUUCAGUAUUUUCCAUGCCUUACUAAUCCCAUGGAAACCCACACCGAAGCAACACUCUGUGAAUGUGAGGAAUGCUGGAGAGCAUUUGCCUUUUCCUCACACCUAAGUCAAUAUGUAACAAUUGCUUCCGGAGAGAAAUCCCAAAAAUGUAAGGAGUGUGGGAAGUGCUUUGCUACUUUCACUCAACUUUCUGCACAUAUGGAAGUUCAUACUGGAGAAAAACCCUUCCAGUGUAAAGAGUGUGGAAAGUGCUUUACAAACAACACAUACCUUAACGAUCACAGGAAAAUUCACAGUGGAAUAAAAUCGUACAAAUGUGUGGAAUGUGGGAAAGCCUUCCUGAGGUGGUCGGGCCUGACUGAACACUUACGAGGAGUUCACAGUGGAGAGAAGCCCUUUGUGUGUAAGGAGUGUGGCAAAGCCUUCUCCAGGUCCACUCAGCUUAAUGAACAUGUCAGGACACACACUGGAGUCAAACCCUACGAAUGUAAGGACUGUGGGAAAGCCUUCACUCAGUACUCGGGCCUCGCCACCCACGUACGCAUCCACAGUGGAGAGAAGCCCUUUCAGUGUAACCAGUGUGGGAAAGCCUUCACUAGGACCUCAGGCCUUAUUCACCAUGUGAGAACACACACGGGGGAGAAGCCUUUUGAAUGUGUCCAUUGUGGGAAAACCUUUAUCACUGCCUCCCACCGUACUAAACAUAUGAAAAUCCACAGUGGAGAAAAGCCCUUUGUGUGCAAUAUCUGUGGGAAGGCGUUUGUGUAUUCCACAUCCCUUAACAUUCACAUGCGAACGCAUACUGGAGAGAAACCUUACAUCUGUAAGGAAUGUGGGAAAGCAUUUGCUGUUUCCUCACGCUUAAGCAAACAUGCAAGUGUUCACCAUGGGGAGAAGGCGUAUAAAUGUGAGGGUAUCGGUGUUGCUAUUUAGUCCGUCUGUAUCCACCCCUAAAUAAUGACAGUGACACCAAAGAUCAUCCGUCUUAACUGCUUGGUGUGAGUUGUAAUGGCUCUCACUGGCAUAGGUGCCACCUGACAUAAGUUUCCUCUGGAACUUUUUUUUUUUUUUUUUUUUUGGUAGUGCUGGGGCUGAACCCUGGGGCCUCAUGCAUUCUGGGCAAGCACUCUACUACUGACCUACAUCACUGACCCCCUUGACUGGUUCAUACAUAGUUGAGUCUGAGCACUUUUGGGGGUCAUAGGUGAGGUCACUAUUGCUGGUCGACCUCAACUGGUGCUUGGACCCCUAGUGAAGACAGCAUUAACAAAUGUUACACAUGGGCGUCCAGCCUUUGGCUUGCUUGGCCUCACUGAUUGCGGCACAUCUAAGUAUAUAAUACAGUCAAUGUACAUAUUUAACAAAAUUUCAUUUAAGAGGUUUUUUAUGAUAAUGUUAAAAUAACACAAGCAACUUGUAGGCCACAGGCUUUACCUGCCUGCGUGACAUUACUGAACAGAUUUGGCCCCGCCCUUCGUUGGUUAGUGGCUGCCAGUGUGGCUGGCUGUUCAUGUGAAAAUUUUCCAAAAGCCCCAUUGGUACAGGAUCAGGUGGACUGUUGAAAGGCACUCCUCCAGGUGUGUCUUGAUCCCAUUGAUCAUGCUGAAUGUGCCAAGAAGGAAAUGGUCCCUGUCUGUUCUUAACGACUAAUCUACAUUUACAGCUGAUUAUCCCUGUUUCCUUAUAACAUCUAAGAAGUCCACCUUGUUUUGCCCUGUAGGUCUAGUUUAGAUCUAAAUGGCAAUUCUUGUGCUAGUAUAAUUUAGUCUGUUCCUCUUUUUUUAUUUUUUGGGGUACCAGGGAUUGAACUCUGAACCUUGCGCUUGCGAGGCAGGCAUGGCCCCAAUUCCUCCUCUUUUGAGAUUGUUGAUAUCCUAACCCUGCAUCCCAUCCUUGAUCUUUAUCAAAUGGCUUUUCAGCCCCUCUUAGUAUCCUUUUCAGUCUGGCCUUACUUUUUUGCAAUAUAAAUAGUGUGAUUGUUCCAAAUGUCCAAAUUCUGAUUUCCUUUUGGUUUAAUAGUUCUUUGUUAGAUUCAGGUCUCUGGCUUUCACAUUUUACUACAUGUGUUCAAGUAGAGCCAAGCUGCUCCUUUAACACUUUAACUACAAACCUCAGAUAAAUUUUCAGUUAUAUAGCUCCUCGGUUCUACCUGUCACACGAAUAUAGCUGCAUUCUGGCAGGUUUUCACUUUAGAGAAUGUAUUUCUCUGCUCCUGCCUUCCUUCCCGCCCUCGCUCCCCCUCAUCCACCCCUUUAUUUUGAUUCUAGAGAUUGAACCCAUUCUAAGUAAGUGCUCUACCACUGCGCUACAUCACUAGUCUUUUUUUUUUUUUUUUUUUUUUUUUUAACGUUUUGUGGUACUCUGGAUUGAACCCAUUGUCUUCACACUGAGCUAGCUACAUUCCCACCCUUUUAUUUUUAGUCUAAAACCAGACUAUCACUAAAUUGCCUUGUUGAGCUGGGAUUAUGGGUUGUGCUAACUCACCCUGUUGUACUGUGUUCCUCAUUCUCAAAUGACCAAUCACCUGUAUACCACUUAAUAUCCUGAUUUCCAGAGUGCAGUUAAAAGCAUUUCCAGCCUUUGCCUAUUACUCAGAUCUGCUCACAUUUUUAGGACUUUUUACCACACCACCACUUCUCAAGACCAAAAAUCUAUCAAGCAUUGCUUAGGCUGCCAUAAUACAAUCCCACAGACCAAAUGGCUUAACAUUUUAUUUUGAAUUAAUACAAAAAUUUGAAAUACACAGAAAUUCAUUUUCUCUCAUUUCUGGAGAUUAGAUGUCUAAUAUCAGAAGCACCAGCAUAGAUGAGCUCUGGUGAGGACUGUUUUCCUGCCAUGCAACUGCCUGCCUCCUUAGUAUGUCUUCACAUGAUGGAGACCGAAAACACGGUUCCUUUCUCUUCCCUUUUUUUGUGAUCCUCAGCUUCCUAGACUGCUGGGAUUACCGGCAUGUACCACCACACCGAGGUCAGACCAUCUUUAAUAUUUAAAUUUAUUAUGUUUACUAGUAUGUUAUAAAAGACUUUUGUAGGUAUAUUUGAGUAGCAUUGGCAUGUAACUUUUCUUACAUAAGAAAAAAAUAGGGACUAAAGGUGUAGUUCAUUGGUAGCACACUUGCCUAAGCAUGCAUGAGAUCCUAGGUUCAAGCUCCAGUACCACGAAAAAAUUUUAAAAAGAUAGAGUAGAAAAAAAUGCAUCAAGGAUGUAUCUCAGGUAGACUGCAUAUGUGCAAGGCCGUGAGUUCAAUCCCCAGCACCAUGAAAACAUUUUUAAAAAUAGCCAUUCUGGUAUUCAGAUGUAUGUAAUCUUUGCCAAUAUAUACUGCAGUGGGGUGUAGUCCUGCUUUGCCUAAUUUCAUAACAGGUUAAAUUAUCUGGAUUUAGAGUAAUUGUUUACUGCCAUAGGUAUCCUUUUUCUAUAAUAUCAAGCAAUUUUCUCAAUUUCUUUUAUGGUUGUAGAACAAUUAUGGCUUGCAGCAUCAUAAAGCAUUUUGAUUAUUUUUCUAGGUAUGUUUUUAUUUUCACAUCUGGAGCAAAAUUUAUAUAUUUUUAACAUUUCUUGAUUGUAUAAUUUACCUUGGGCAUCUUUUGCAUUCUGGAAUGAUUACUUUGUGCAUUCUUUUUCUUGUGUUAGUCUCAGCAGUAUUCAGAUUUGUGAUCUUCCCUCCCUUUUUGGCCAUACUAGGGAUUGAACCAGAUGCUUUUAGUUGCCAAGUGCUGUACCACUGAGUUGUGUUUUAGCCAGGUUUGUAGUUUGCCCUGAAAAGUCUAAUCUUCUGCUGGUAGAGCAUUUGCCUACCUAUCAUGCACAAGGCCCUCAGUUGAAUCCCCAGUCCUGGGGAAAAAAAAAAAAUUUCUAAUAUGCUUUCUCUUCCUUUAAUUAUGUUAGAUAUUUAUCUGGUCAUAUUUGCUUGGUUUUGCUUUCUUUUUUUUUUUUUGGUUUUUGUUGCUGGGGAUCAAACCUAGGGCUUGCUCAUGCUAAACAUGUGCUCUUUAUCACUGUGCUACACCCCUAAACCCAGAUGUGUAUUUUUAUAUAUACUCGAGCAGGAAAUGAAAAAAAAUCUGAAUACUUGAAAACUUCUAACAGUCUUUUUCUCUUACCUUGUCAUUUAGUCUAUAAUGUGUAAUGAUAUUAGUAAUAAAUUUGGAUGUA